UUACAGGUAUAUAGUGUUUGCAUGUGGGCGCGGUUUCGUCGCGCAGGGAAGGGUAGAGCAGAGAAAGGUGAGCUUUUCUUCACACAGUCAGGUCUCUUUCGGCGUCCACCUUCUUCGGAUGUUGUUUUCGCCCUCUCAAGGCUGAUCAAAAUGUUGAAAGCGGAUCCGCUGAAAUCGGCGAUUUCCAUCAGGAACGUGGAAGACACGUCGCUGGCUCUGCCGUCAGUGAAUCAGUACGGAUCCGGACAGCAGCGCGUCAGGGAGCAAGUGCAAAGUGUCAGGAGGAUUAAGUCGAGGCAGUCCAGCAGGAGCGGAUCUACUUCUAUGUCCCCAACAAGCCCUGCGUACGACUCUGUGUUUGUAGAUGGCGCGAAAGCACAGUCGAACACAUCUAAUGGAAGCAUCUUCCUCAGCAAUGGCUUCUUGAAAAGUUUCACCACAGACAAAAGCCUAAAUAAUUCUCACAUAAUCAGCAAAGCAAGAUCCACUGUGAAGAAAAAGACUUUGAGUUCAGGGUAUCACUAUGAGAGAAAUUACAGCGCUGGUGGCGGUUCUGUAGCUCUGGGACGUGCUAACACCAGUCGCAGCGAGCCUGGACUGGCAUGGACCAACAGAGUCCCACAGCCAUCCAUCCCACAGCCGAGAAAACUCACCGCAGAACAGCGGGGCAACAGGAACACCUACAUCAAGCAGCACAGCACCAACAGUUACUUUCUAACGAGGGGCGUCUCCCAACCACACAAUAUGUAUGCCGUAAAUGGCUCGGGUCCGACACAAAAACACAACCAGUACAGAAGCAAUCAACUUGACAUGGGCAGGACGUUCACAGAGCACACCGUCACUGAUUCUUCAUCCAAGACCAAAAUAAACUCGGGAACAAAUGGAAACAUUUUAAGUGAUGACAUCACUAUGAAGGAGGCUGUGCAGUUUCUUUCCAGUGAUGAUGAGAAUUACCAAAACCAUGGGGCUUCUUAUAUUCAGCAGAACACUUUCAUUAGCAACAAAGCAAAAGAAGAGGUCUUAAAGCUGAAAGGUAUCCUCCCUCUCGUGGGUCUGCUGCACAGCCCCAACACACAGGUCAAACUCACGGCCUCAGCUGCCCUACGAAAUCUUUCCUUUAAAAACGACACAAACAAAGAAGAGAUCCAUCGCUGCAACGGCAUCCCUGAGGCUGUUGCUCAGCUCAAAGAUUCGGACUCUGUAGAACUGGACAAACAGCUGACAGGUCUUUUGUGGAAUUUGUCCUCUGCAGACAACCUGAAGCCGGAUCUGCUCAAGAACGCUCUGUCUGUCCUAACAGAGCGUGUGAUCCUGCCUUACAUGACAAGCCCCAGCGAUACAGCCAAGGAUCCUGAUAUCUUCUUUCAUGCUACAGGAUGUCUUCGAAACCUCAGCAGUGCAAAGGAGAGCAGCAGACAGAUGAUGAGAAAACGUCAAGGUCUGGUCGACUCUUUAGCCGCUUACAUCGGAAACUGUGUGAAAGAGGAAAAAACAAAUGAUGAGUCUUUAGAAAACUGUGUGUGCAUCCUGCACAAUCUGACCUUCCAGCUGGAGGAUGAGGUUCCAAGUCUGUUCACCAACAUAAAUGCCUUGGCGAAGCCUCCGACCAGGAGCAUCAGUCAAAACAACGCCAGCGCUGUUGGCUGCUUCAGCUCACAAACCAAACCCCCACAGAUGGAGCCUCCCUUUGACUUUGCAGUCAUUGAGGAUCCGCACCCUAAAGGGGUCGGCCAUUUGAUCCACUCUAAAAUGCUGCAGGAUUACCUAUCUCUGCUUUGCUUGAGUAAGCGACAAGAGCUGCUGGAAGCCUGCUGUGGAACACUGCACAACCUCACUGCGCGUGAUGGCGUUGUAUCUAGUGUAAUAAGUCAGAUCAUUGUGCAGAAAUUAAAUGGCAUGAAGUUCAUCACUCCCUCCUUAAACUCAAAGAAAGUCAACUUGCAAAGGACUACAUUGGCUUUGGUGGGAAAUUUGAUCAAGAACCCAAAUCUGCACAAUGUUGUUGGCCGUAAUGCCCUCCCACAGCUGCUGGAUCUCCUCAAAGAAGGAACAAGUGGAGCAAACGAGUCCGAUGAUACGCUUGCCAUAGCCUGCCAGGCUGCCAGCUGCCUGGUUCUGAAGAACCUUGACUUGGCUAAGAGCUAUUUAAGCAGCAACCUGAUUCAAUCCCUGAACAGCAUCUCCCAAAACAUGUAUUUCCCCAAAUCAAGCAAAGCUGCUGCAGUUCUUCUGGUCAAAAUCUGGUCAGAUAAAGAGCUUCAAGGCUUCUUAAAAAAGCAAGGGAUGAACAAGUCUUUGUUUGUGAAUGACACCACCAUGGCAGCACACAGAUCCCUCCAAGUUGUGGAUUAACACAACAAUUUAACAGAUCAGCUGAAGGCUCCCCCCCACGUAAGUAACUUACCUGCACGACAUCUGGACAUCCACAGGACCCAGAGUCAUCGAGGCAGAGCAUCAUCUCCUCAUACAUCACAGAGAUAAUUAUUCAUAAGCUUUGUAUAAAGCAUUCCUGCCCUGUGCAUAUGCUUCAAGAUCAUGCUUUAACGUAGGAAUAAAAGGUGAAGGUGAAGAUCAGACAUGGCAGCAAUAAAAUUCCUUACUGCAAAUUAGCUUUUAUUGUUUUAACACUCAAACGUCUUUUAAUGUAAAUCGUGUUUUGAAAUUUCUUUCUUUUUUGACAUAACACUGCAAGAUCUUAUUUUUGCACUGUGAUAUGUUUUAGUAUAAUGUAGCAAUGCUAGAAAAUGGAUUUUGAAUGUGUAAAAUGGUGAGAAAACAUACAUUUAUAAAUGAUAUUGUCUUAAACACUGAUGUUUUUUAGGUUCUUUUUCUUUUCAUCUGGCCAUAUUCCCACAUGUGCAAUCCAUACAUUUACUAUUUUACUGUCAGAGUUUUACUAUAUAUUUGGCAAAAGAGACUAAUAUUUAUUUAGAAAGUUAAAAGCUAAUUAUUAUUUUGCAAUAGUUUCUGCAAAAUAAAUAUUUUUCAAAUCUUUUCACACCCUGUCAUUUCCUCUAAAUUUUGGCAGCAGAGUUUGAAAAGCGUCUGGGCAGAUUACCAAAUCCUUCCUCCUGCCCCACCCUUGUGAUUUGCUUAAUUUUCUCUUCGAGGAAUUAUAUAUAAAAUGCAGCUUCAUUUUUGCUGAAUUAUGCUCUUUUUGGUCAGCUACAGUUUGAACGAAAUAAUGCAAUUUAAAAACUCAAGGAUUUAUGUGAUUGCAUGAUGUCAUUCAUAGAAACUAGCAGGGAGACACUUUAAGCCUGGUUGGGUUUGUAGUGCAAGUCAUUAUAACCAGUUUAUAAAGCUCAUGUAUAAGUUGCCUAGGUUAAAAACAAACACAUCUCACCCUUCGAUUUUUUGAAAUAACAUUAUUUUUAUUCAUUCCAUCCAAAAGAAUUAUUCUUACAGAGUUCAAUAACCACUGAUGACCAAACCUAGUUGAACCAUUUUCUGUUUACCCUUUCCAAAACAAAACCUGGCAUACAGUACAAUGUUUUUAAUUUUCAGAAAUCUGAUUUUGAUCUAGCCUGUUCAGAUGUUUACAAACAGUUACAAAUUUAUUGUGACUUUUUGUUAGAACAGCUGAUGUUGCCAGUGUUUGCAGCAGAUGUCAGAUGUUACUUCCUCAGGCCUCGCUUGCUCCGACUGCCCUUUGAGCUGAGAAUAGUUGAAGUCAGCAGAGAUUUGCCAAUGCAGAUGGCACACAAACCACAACAUUUGUCCACGUAAAGAACAUUGAAAUGUAAUUGGUAUCAGUCUAGGAAACGUGGCUCUAGGGUGACUUGUCUUUUUACUCUGAUGUUUGAGAUUUUUUGCAAUGUCAUUAAUGCAAAUAAACAGUGUAUUUUAUAUUUAAA